GUGUCCUGCAGCAGAUCUCCAAUCAGUCUGUAGGAACAGCCCGGGGACAUGCAGCCUAUCCCACAUCGUCUGCCCGCACAGAAACUCCAUGUGUGACUUCACUGAGCGCCACCAUGGGCAAAAGGGGCCCCGGGGCCACUUCGGUGUCAGCGCGCUCACGCAGCCGAGGACGCAGCCUCUGGUGUCCAGAUGAGAAGGCGCGGCGGCGGUGGAUUCACCAAGGACGCAUCACAGUUGUGAAACACUAUGAAGGCAGAAGGUGCAGCAUCUGAAGCUCUCCGGGCGCCGCACUGAGAGCCAUGGAUCACUUUUUCCGGAGGAAGCGGGUCGGUCUGCUGAAGCCGCUGCUGAGUCUGUCUCUGGUCUUUGCGUCUUUUCUGAUGAUCCACAAGCUGAAGCUGUCGGAGAAGGACGGGGUGGGGGGGAAACACACGAGGGAGCCCGGCUGGUGCGGCUCCGAGUGCUUUUCAUUUAAGAAGGGGGUCGUGAAAACCAGUUUGGGGAGCUCGGACUCUUCGGUGCUCAACAACGAUUUGGAUGCGCAACGGGUUUCCAACGGGACUCCGGCUUCCUGGGAUGCGCAGGUUCUGAACUGCAGCGAGGACGCGUCGGUGAGGAGCCAGGACUGGUUCCGGCGCCUGGACCCGAGAUUUCACCAGUUCGUGCUGCACAGACACUGCAGGUACUUCCCCAUGCUCAUCAACCACCCGGAGAAAUGCACGGACGGAGAGGUGCACCUCCUCAUGGUGGUCAAGUCCGUCAUUGAGCAGCACGACCGGCGCGAGGCCGUGCGUAAAACCUGGGGGAAGGAGCACACAGUGGAUGGGAAGAGAAUCAAAACGCUAUUUCUUCUGGGAAGCCCGACGACCGGGAAAGACACCAAGAACCUCCAGAAACUGAUCGAGUACGAGGACCGGAUCUACGGGGACAUCCUGCAGUGGGACUUCAUGGACACCUUCUUCAACCUGACCCUGAAGGAGGUCAACUUCCUCAAGUGGUUCGACAUUUACUGCUCCGGAGUCCACUUCAUCUUCAAGGGAGACGAUGAUGUUUUCGUGAACACGCACAACCUGAUGGAGCUGAUCGGCUUCAAAGUGGAGGAGCGCAAGUACGCCGAGUUGUUUGUGGGGGACACCAUCUCCAAGGCGAUCCCGAUCCGAAACCGCCAGAGCAAAUACUACAUCCCCAAAGAGCUGUACGAUAAACCUUACCCCCCCUACGUGGGCGGCGGGGGGUUUCUGAUGUCCUCCCCGCUGGCCAGGAGGCUCUUCGUGGUCUCGGAGGACCUGGAGUUGUACCCCAUCGACGACGUGUUUCUGGGGAUGUGCCUGCAGAAGCUCCACCUGGCCCCAGAGCUUCACCCGGGCUUCAGGACCUUCGGCAUCACCCGGCGCAGGGUGAGCCCCAUGAACAGCGAGCCCUGCUUUUACAAAAACCUCAUAGUGGUGCACAAGCUCAGCGCGCACGAGCUGCUCCGGAUGUGGAGCGUGGUGCACAACGAGGAGCUGGUGUGCGCGCAAAGGACCUCCAUAUGAUAUUAGUAGUCUUUAUGAAAUGACCAAAGCUGAACUGAUACGGUCUGUGUUGAUCAUGUAUUGAUCACGUAUUGAUCAUGAUGAUUGUUUGACAUUUCACAUGUAGUUGAGGGAGGGGAGGGGGGUGAUCACCCAGCAAACAACCCCAUACACAAAUGUAAUAUAUGUACAUAUAUUGACUUUCCAUAAAUGAAAUAUAUGUACACAUAAAACAAAAAGAUAAAUGUAAAAUUAUAAAUGAAACUUACUAGAAAUUAGACAUAUGUUAAAUAAAUGCAUCCAUAUUGGGAUAUAUAAUAAAAUAUAUUCUACAAUAUAAAAAUCCAACGUAUAGAUAUUUUUAAUAUAUGUAUAUAUAUAUAUAUAUAGAAAUUUUACUAUAGGAAUUUCAUAUAUGUCAUAAACUUAUAUCUUCGUAUAUCAAGAGGAUGUAUACAUGUGAGUAAUAUAUCCCCUUAUAGGAGACAUAUAUGACCACAUCACUCUUGAUAUGGGGACAUAUAUGUCAUAUAUUACAUUUCUGUAUGGGCUAAAUAUGAAUAAUACAUAUGAUAAAUAAAUAAAAAAAAUAUAUAUAUCUAUAAUUUUCUAUAUGUUAAAUUCAACUGUAUACUACGAGCAGGUUGGAUUUCCUCUCCACUACCUUGAUUUACCAUUUAGUGAAACCACUACCACACAGCUCCACAGUGUAAGAGCUGAAGGGAGGAGGUUUCUGGGUUUCAGAUUCUUGGUGCCAUUUCAGAUCGGAGUCUCGUGCGGUCCACACGUCUUCACCUGAGAUCCGGUGCUCUUAUGGUUGUCAUGGUUUUUGUGCAUUUACAUAAAAACUUGACUUGUUGAUUUUAUUGUCAUUUUCUAACUCCAGGAUUUCAAAGACUCACAGCUGAGAUCAGACAGGUUCGUCCGUAGUUGAGUGAUUAUUUUGUAGAGUACUGAAAUUGUAAAAAUGAUCAAAUGGUAUGAAUUUGUUAAGUUAAUAUAUUGUUAUUUCAUAGUACUUUCUAUGUGUUAAGUGUUACUCAAUUGUGUGUGAUUUUUCAGAGACAGGCCAAAAACCAAAGAAAUUAAAGGGCUGUAAAACUGUAGAUUUAUGUAUGAUAGUGUAAAUAAAACUGGAUCUUUGUCAACUUUGUAAUUACAA